AUGGCAGCGACCGAUCCCUCACUACAAGACCCUCUUCUCUCGCUGCGCCGUGCCAUUGCCUCGGACAGCCCCCCAACCCCGACAACCUCGUCCGAGCUUUCGAACGAACAUGCGACAGAGGAUCUAGCCCAGGCAACACACCUCUAUUUCUCGCAGCCAAUCCCACAAACCAUUUCCCUCAGUACACCGACCCGCUUCACCCGCGUUGCAUCCGGAGAAGUCGAAUCCGCCGUCGACCUACGCAGCAUCUUCUUCGCGUGGCAGAAGAAAGAUGUCGCUAUCCCAGAGUACAUUGCCUCCGCACAGGAGCUGAACGAGGCGCUGAAACUGAAAGGCCCCGGGGAAUCUGGGACCGUGGAGGAAGUUCAGAAUCUCCCUUUCGUCGAGCGGUUGGACCUCAUCACCUGGCUCGAGGGCGCUUCUGACGAAAGCGAAUAUAUCAAGCCCUUGGAGGGCGCCGCGGCUGCGGCAGCUGCUGCAGCUGCUGCCGCCGCUGGUGCUGCUCAGGCUGAGGCCUCGGCUGGUAUUGCAUCGGGCGUGAAGGGUGGUGUUUCUACUGUGCCUAGUGGUGCUCCCGGGGCGACGCAGGCUGGAGCUCAGGGAUCCCGCGCGCAGAAACCGAUUGAUCCCCGACUGCAGGAGAUUUACAAUGGGGAGCGCAAGACUGGAGAUCGAAAUACCGUGUUGAGAGGGAUCAAGCCUACUGACUUUUCUCAUGUCCGCAAGAGUGCUGAAGUUUUUCUUGACCGAAACCGCUCUCGUCCUGGUCAACCUACCAAGCCAGGCAGCAAGUCUAUGAUUCCCGCGCCCUCGGCAGGCCUCUCAAUGCCCUCCUCGUCAUCCUCACGCAAAUCUAGCUCUCGGCCCGACCCCAUCAUCCUUCUCUCUCCCUCUGCUUCCUCUCUCAUCCGCAUGUCGAACAUCAAAUCCUUCCUGCAAGAUGGUGUCUUCGUUCCACCCGACCACCCCACACUGUCCACAUCCACUGAAGCCAACUUCAUGGAACUCAAGCGUCCACUACGUCUCAAGUCGGAUCCCUCCAAUCCGAGCGCCGGAGCGAGCUCAGCCGGUAGCAGAGGUACCAAGCCUACCAAGUUCAUUCUUGUGGAUGGAACAACAAACUUCAAGCCGGAGUACUGGUCACGACUUGUAGCUGUGUUUACAACCGGUCAGACGUGGCAGUUCAAGUCGUAUAAGUGGUCCUCUCCGCCGGAGCUGUUCAAGCAUGCUACUGGUAUUUAUGUUGGUUGGAGGGGAGAGGACACUCCCUCUACUGUUAAAGGAUGGGGACGUGGAGUGCAGAGUUUCUCUGUUGAGCGGUGGGAUGAGAAAGGUGGUGUCCAAGGUGGUGGACGAUGGAGGGACCGGGAAGUUGUAGAGGGAAUCUGGACAGCCAUUGAAGAGGGAAUGAGGCUUCGUGGUUGGGGGUCGAAAUGA